AUGGCACAUUUAAUACCGGGUCAAGCUAAAACUUCGGGGUCCAGUCAAAUUAUUGCUCACUCCAAUGCAGCACCAGUUAGUUUAAUGCGCACAGCUUCUGGCGCCCAAAUAAUAUCUUCAGGUGUGGCUUCUCAGGGUACACACAUUGUUAGCCAGGGAAGCCAAACAAUUGGUCAAAAUGCGCAAAUAUUGACUCAGUCUCAGCUAAUAUCAAACAGUCAUUUAUUGAGCCCUUGUACACAGAUAAUUAGUCAGGGUACUCAAUUGACUGCACAGAUAUCGAACCCAAGCAACUUAAAUAAUACACAGACAAAUGUGACAUCAACUGUAAGUGGGGGCCAGGUUCUGAAUGUAGGCAGUCAACUUGUGAGCGGAACUAGCAGCUUGGUGGUUAGCUCAUCUGUGCGCACACUGGGUGGACCUAGUGUCAGAGUGCUACCUCCUAUGUCACAUAGCACCAGACCAGUUUUAAGCAGCGUAAACGCAAGCACUGCUAGUAGUGUUCUUGUUACUAAAGGAGUAACUAGCCAUGUACCUAGAGGCCUAGCUGCUGGUGCUUCCCUUGCAGUUAGACCUGUUGCUGCUUCAGCACAAGCCCCAGUCAGUCAAGGCAGCACCUGGUCUGGGAACAAUCGCGGGCGCGGUGGACUAGUGUACGGGUCUAGGGGAUUGAGUCGUGGCGCACCUCCCCGACAACCUUCACCGGCGCCUUCGCCGCAGCCUCAAACUCUCCAGUCCCCACACUCAGCUAUUGUCACAUUACCAACAAGUACAGUACUGACAUCAAGCAGUGUAAUAUCAAGUACAGUUCGUGGCACAAGUACAGUAGGUGUUGUGAGCACCACAACCAGGCCAAAAACUCCAACUCCACCUCCCCCAGCACCAAGGCCUUUACCACUUCUGCAACGAAACUAUCAGCCAGCUAAGGUGGUUGGCGUAGCUAACGUCGGAGUCAGAGGAGUGGGUAACAGUGCACCACCACAGUUGUACUACGAAGUGCCGCGCGCGGCUCAACCUCAUCACCACGCGCCCAGGCCUCUUACAUCAUUCACUCAUGCUCUCAACACUCAAGGAAAUGCAGUAAGUGCGAUCUCAACAACCGCUGAGGUGCGACAAGUGACUAGCACUAUCAGCAGUACGCCUGUCCUGCCUAGACCCUCUAUUCUCAGAAAACGCGACGUCGACGGCUCUCCAUCAAAGAAUCAGGCAAACACAAUACCAACUAUAUCAACAUUAGGUAUUAGCAACGUCAGCAAUUUGACUUCAGCAAAUAUUGCCAGUCUCAGUGGCAACAAUUCAAAUAAUCUGAACAAUAUAGCAACAUUGAGCAGUAUUAGCAAUAUCGGGAGUGUAGUUCAUGUGGGAAAUAUGAAUAACUUAAGCAAUGUUAGCUUGAAUUCUGUGAGUUUAAGCAAUGCAAUUGGGCGUGUUACUAAUUUAGGUAAUAUAAGUGGUAUAAAUAAUUUGAGCAGUCUAGAAAGUGUGGGUGUGGUCACAGUGAAUAAUAUAAACAAUAUAGCGGUGAACAAUAUGGGAAACAGUGAUGGACUAAUAACAGUGUUAGCGGCAAUAUCCACAUGGGUCAAUUUGUGGGGACUACGGGCUGGGAGGAUGUGA